AUGAAGCGUCAAAUACCUUUUCAGAUACGUGUCAUCUUAAUUCUGGUGGUUUGCCUGAACAAUGGAGAGUGUCUGACAUGUCUUGUUAAUGGGAAACCCACAUUGUAUAACCCGGACAACCAGCUGUGUUGUAAAGGCUUGUACCCGAGAGUUCAGAAUGGAUUCAAGAUGAAAUGCUGUAACGGCACAGUAUACCCAGGUCAUUCGCACCAAUGUUGUGAUGACAACGUUUAUAAUCAGAGCAAGACACAGUUCUGCUGUAACAACGUCAUGCAUGACAACGAAAACCAGAAUCUAGCAUUACACUUUCGUCUCGAGGGGAUUGAAGAGAGAAAACGUGACAGAGUGUGGCUGCAUAUCACAGUGACCCUCUCCACAAAAUCCACGUUGAUCAGCAUACAUGGCGUCCAGGCCCCUCACAGGAGUGGCCAUGCAGUGAUCUGUGCUCACUAUCCGCAUAGAAAACAUCUUCAACUUGCUGCCAUCCUGUAA